CGCGACUUUUGUUUAGUCAAUGAUGGCGGCUGUUCGUGUUUGUGGUCUUGUAGUUACGUGUCUCGUUUGCUUGGUUCUAACUCGUAGCGUGGAUUCAAAUACUAGACCGAGAGGAGUAGCGAUUUCGAAGACGUCGUUCUACGACCCGUCUCGACCGUUUUCUUGUUUCGAUGGAUCGAAAACAAUCGAAUUUUCGGAAGUAAACGAUGAUUAUUGUGAUUGUCCGGACGGGUCUGACGAGCCGGGAACGCCGGCUUGUUCUAAUGGUUAUUUUCACUGCACGAAUGCUGGACAUAAGCCACUGUAUAUUCACUCCAGCAAAGUGAAUGAUGGCGUGUGUGACUGUUGUGAUACAACUGAUGAAUAUGAUGAAACAACCAAAUGCAAUACCAUAACCAAAUGCAAUAACAACUGCAAAGAGCUUGGAGCAGUCGCCAGAGAAGAAAAGAAGAAAGAUCUAGAAAAGCAACAACAGGGAUAUCAGAUGAGGUCAGAGUACAGCCAGUCAGGCAAGGAUAAGAAGGAGGAUAGGAAGAACCGAAAGAGUGAACUUGAGAAUGAACUGAGAGAAAUCAAUGACGAAAUGUCAAGACUAGAAGCAAUAAAGAAAGAGGCUGAAGAGAAAGCUGAAGCGGCAAAGCAGGAACAUAUAAAUCAGUGGAAAGCUGAGAAAGAGAGGAAAGACAAGGACGCUGCUGACGAAGCUUUUCAACUACUUGACAUAGAUCAGGAUGGAAUACUGAGCAUUGCUGAAAUGCAAGCUAAGCUUGAAUUUGACAAGGACAAAGAUGGAGUCGUGUCUCCUGAAGAAGCUCAAGAAUACUUGAAUCAAACUACUGAUGUUAAUAGGGACAACUUUUUUGUUGUUUGUUGGAGCAUUAUCAAGGAUGUGUUUCCACCUGCACCGGAGGUGCCCACAGAGGAAGAAAGCACUCUUGUACCACCAGCUGGGAUGCCAGAAAUAAAAGUACCAGAAGCAAGUGAAGAAUCGCCAACUGAACCAACUGAAACGAGGGAUGAGGAAACUGACAACGCUAUUGAUGAGCUUGGCGAUGGGGACGACACUGAUGAGGACGAUGAAGAUGAUGAUGAUGAAGACGACGACGAGGAACCCGCUGACGAAAAGCCACUUGUUGAACCAGAUCUGGAGGGCAUGCCAGAGUUUGACGACCAGACUAAAUUACUUAUUGAAACUGCUGACAAUGCUGCUGCAGAGUUUCGCACAGUGUCUGAGAGACAUUCUGGCAAGAAAGAUGAGAUGAACAACAUAGACAAAGACCUUCAAUUGGAUCUUGGACCAGAUGAGGAGUAUUACCCUCUACAGGGCCAUUGCUAUGAUUUUACAGAUCGAGAAUACACAUACAGUCUUUGCCCAUUUGACAAAGUAACUCAGAAGCCAAAACACGGAGGGAGGGAGACCCUGCUUGGGAACUGGGGAGAAUUCUCAGGAGAUGGUGGAGACAAGUACAGCAGAAUGUCGUACACAGGUGGCGAGAAGUGUUGGAAUGGUCCUGAUAGACAAGCAAAGAUUACACUGAAAUGCGGUGUCACCAAUGAGUUGGUGUCAGCAUCUGAGCCUAACAGGUGUGAGUACGCUAUGGACUUUGUUACUCCUGCUGUUUGCAAACCUCAUCUACAUGAGGAACUCUAGGCGUUUUCACAGUAGAGUUGCAGUAGAGUUACAAACAUGGGUAGUGUGAUGUGAGCAA